ACUAGGCAUUAUGACAAUAAUAAUUUAAAUUUCAUCGGAUAACCUGGAUACUGAAUGAUUUAGUGAAUACUUGAGUUUCUUACUCCCUGUCUUCUCUUGUGGGUAUGCCACUGCACAAAUGGAAUGAUCAUCGUCAAGUUUUUAAACUAGUUGAUAUGUCGUAGCGCCACUAAUUUUUCAAUUUAAUUUCAUUGCAUAAAUAAUUUAAAAACAAUACCAACGUGUAAUGAAUAGAAGAUAUGUUAUUGUGUUCAUAUGUAGGUCGUAAUGAAAUUCCGACCGCUAUUUUUUUUUCUUGCUACCGCUAAAAUCAUAUUGCAUAUGUUUUAUCAACUCACAAUAUUCAUAAAAGAAACCGUACAUAUACACGCGAACCCAUAAGAAAAUUCAAGCGUCCUUUCUGACUAUAAUGAAAACUCGGUUACAUGUUUAUAAAUUAUGCAAUAAUGAUUGUCCAACAAACAACAAAGGGAUCUCAUAAACAGUACAGUUUUGUAAAUUACAAAUAUUCUAUGGCACUGCCGCCUCACGAGAACACAAAGCAGCGGCAUGGCGUCACUGCGAAUCAAGGUCAACAGGUGGGAGUUAGUGCAGCUCGCGGCCGGUAGAUGUCAGCGCAAGCCUCGGGCGUGGAAGAAACGUAGCAACGCGAGUUUCUCUUGGGCACUGUUCGCUCUUCUGUGAAGAGUAAACGGUCGUGUGUGUGGUUGACAGUUGUGCGUGGGUCUUGUAGUAAAGCAGAAAGUCGUAUGCUUGCGUUUUUACUCGUGGUGUCGGCUGGAUGUCGACCUUUAUAAAUUGUUAAACAUGGCCCGGCGAGCAGCAGCAUGAGCGGCACGGGCGAGGAGGAGGCGACCGGCCGCCUGCUCAAGUCGCGCAACAACGUGACGGUGGUGGCCGCGGGCUGCAGCCUGCGCUCGCUCAAGGAGGACCUGCUGGCGCCCGCCUGCACCCUGCGCGUGCCGACCGCCGCGCCCUACCACGCCGCGUCCACCCGCUCGCUCGCCUCCAUCGGCGUCGGCUCCACGGACGGCCGCAAGCUGACCAUCCGCCGCGUGCCCACCUCGCCCUCCGAGCUGCUCAGCAUCGUCGCCCCGCCCGCACCCACGGAGCUGGAGCUGAGCUCGGCGAGCAGCGGCAGCACCUACUACGACCCGCUGGACGAGUUCACAGACUACCGCCCGCCGCGCCGCCAGCACUGGGCCAACAAGGCGCAGUUCGUGCUCGCCUGCGUCGGCUACUGCGUGGGGCUCGGCAACGUCUGGCGGUUCCCCUACCUCUGCUACAAGAGCGGCGGAGGUGUUUUCUUGGUGCCAUAUUUUCUAAUUCUGGUGAUAUGUGGAAUCCCUUUGCUGUAUAUGGAACUGGCAGUGGGCCAAUACACAAGAAGAGGUCCCAUUGGUGCUCUGGGUCAGAUUUGCCCUUUAUUUAAAGGUGCUGGCCUUGCAAGUGUCGUCAUCUCUUUCCUCAUGUCGACGUACUACAACGUGAUCAUAGCGUACACGCUGUACUACUUCUUCACUGCGUUCCGCUCAGACGCCCCGUGGAGCCGCUGCAACAACAUCUGGAACACCGAAAACUGCUGGCAGCCCAAGGUGCUCAACAUAACCAAGCCAAACAAGUCCAAGACCCCCAGCGAGGAGUUCUACGAGCGUAAGGUUCUGCACAUCAGCGACGGUAUCGACAACUUUGGUGUGAUCCGGUGGGAGCUGGCGGCAUGUCUGAUAGUGGCGUGGGUCCUCGUCUACUUCUCCAUGUGGAAGAGCGUGAAGUCGUCUGGCAAAGUCCUCUACUUCACAGCCACGUUCCCCUACGUGCUCAUUGUGGCGUUUCUCAUACGCGCGCUCACGCUUGAAGGUGCUCAGAGAGGUCUGCAGUACUUCUUCCAGCCCAAGUGGUCUCUUCUUGGCGACUCUAAAGUAUGGGUGCAUGCAACAGCUCAGAACUUUAAUUCCAUUGGCAUUGCAUUUGGUUCUGUAAUCUCAUUCGCGAGUUACAACCGUUUUGACAACCAGAUACUCAUAGAUACGCUGGCCGUAUCAUCAAUAAAUGCAGUGACCAGCCUGCUGGUGGGGAUAUUUGCUUUUGCAGUUAUCGGCAACAUAGCAACAGAACAGGGAACAUCCAUCGAAGAUGUUAUCUCAGAUGGACCAGGUUUGGUGUUUGUGGUCUACCCACAAGCGAUGGCUAAGAUGCCAGCAUCUCAACUGUGGAGCGUCCUUUUCUUCUUCAUGUUGUUGUGUCUGGGAAUGAACAGCCAGUUUGCAAUUGUGGAGGUGGUUGUCACAUCCAUUCAAGAUGGCUUCCCAAACUGGAUAAAGAAGAAGCUAAUGUGUCACGAGAUGCUGGUGUUAAUUGUAUGUGUUGUAUCAUUUCUGUUUGGACUUCCGCAUAUUACAGAGGGAGGAAUAUACUUCUUUCAACUGGUAGACCAUUUUGCAGCAUCAAUUUCCAUCAUGUACCUUGCAUUUUUUGAAAUAAUUGCCAUCUCCUGGUUUUACGGAGUGCACCGCCUUGCGAAAAACGUGCAAGAGAUGACGGGACGUCAACCAUCCUUGUACUUCCGAUUCUGUUGGUGGUUUGCAGCACCCGUUUUGAUCAUGGCUGUGUGGGUGUUCAGCCUCAUCGACUACGAGCCUCCGCAGUACGACAAUGGAGUCUACAAGUACCCUCUCUGGGCUGAGGCGCUUGGCUGGUUCAUCGCAUCAUUGUCUCUGAUGUGCAUUCCAGCGUUUGCAGUCAUUGUUUUUGUCAGGAGCGAAGGAAACACAUUCAUGGAGAAGCUGUACAAUUCAGUGAGGUCGCAGAUCUUUGAGUGCGAGCAGUGCGAGACGGACAAGUGCAUCCACACGGGCGCACACCCCGAGGAACUGAGGGACAUGCUGGAGACGAAGCUGCCAGCAUCGGUGCUGCCCUCCGGCCUGCCUUGACCCUUGACCCCUGGCGCGACCGCCCGGCAUGCACGGCCGUCAACCAACCCCUUUGUGCAAGCUGCGCACCACGCAUCAGACAUUCAUUCUUUAAACGAUUUGUGCAAUGGGGAAUUUUGAUUUAAUACAAUUUCUUGGACAUAUGCCAUUGCAGUUUCGCACUCUUCGUCAUGGGAAAAAUUCGUAAAAGCUAAAUGAUAUAUAAAAAUUUCAAACAUAAACCCACAGAAAACAAGCCUAAAUCAGCUUAUGUCAAACAAAUAAACCCGAAAGUAUCAUGUACAACACAAUGACAACAGCACAAACGAACACAUUUAAACUAAAAUGUCAGACAACUUAAAUAUUUGUGGAAAAAAAAAAUGUAGUCAAUAAAUAAAUAAUAACAGCACAGACAAGCACAGUGGGCUAACAAUGAUCAGACAGUGUCAACAAUAAUAGUAAAUGCAGACAGACAGCAAAAACCUGGACAACGCAGCAAAUACGAACACAACAAUUGAGAUGAACAAAUAUUAUAGAAUACAUGACAAUGACACAGUUGGUUUCCUAUGACAAAACACUUGCGACAUUUCAGGAACUGGCAUCUGUUCCCGUCGUCAGGUACAAACAGACUGAUGUUUCUUAUUUUGCAUCUAUGAAUUUUUACCAUGACAAACAACACAAAACUGCAAUGGCGUAUGUCAAAAAAAUUGUAUUAAAUCACAUCAGAGACCCGUUCUGUUACCUCUCUCUCGCUCAGGGUCUCGGCUCAAGCUUUAGUGCCAACUUGACGGUACCGUAUUAGUUUCGUGUUGGAUUUCAUGCCAACCAACUGGCAGUAUGUGAUCUGUAUGUAUUGCAAGUAGAAGUUAUUGUAUUAAGAAAGAAGAUGAGUAUUCAAAGUCCUGUGUGGGAAAAUUUCUUAGCCACAUACUUCUGUUUGAAAGCAUCGUAUGUAGAAAGUUUCUUCGUUGGCUACUAGAGCAGACUGUUAUCUGGAUGCUGCCUGUUAUUGGCACAUGCCUGUCUGUAGAUAAUGCUAUUUUGUGUACCUAUCUUCACCACAUUCCUUUAAGGUUGAAAAAGAAAUUGUCAACCAGUUUAUUUUAUCACGUAAGUUUUAGUCACAUUUUCCCUACAAACUUUGGCAAACUUUUGUUACAGUAAUGCUGGAAUUGGAAUCACAAUACCCCGACAAUCACAACAUAACAGCCCAACACAAUGGCCAGUUAGAAGCAGGUAACCGUGAUGUCAGCCUGACGAAAACUCAACCCAACAGAAAUAAGUUCAAAUAAAUUAUCAAAAAAAUAAAUGUUUUUAACCCAGCCAUUGUGUAACACACAAAACUAGCAAUAAUUACAUGUUAAACAUGUAGGUAUGUUAUUUUAUAGUAUAUGUACUAUAAAAUUUGAAUGAAAUUAUUCCUCAGGAAACUUACAUUUCUUAUAAUAGGCCAUUAAUUGACCCAUGUAUAUUUCAUGUCCAUCGGUAGAUACAGAAGCUCAUGAAGGAAGGAACCAUGUGGUUCAGAAACCAACAACUUUUUCUUUUUCUAUUUUUUGAACAAAACUUAAUUUUAUCAGUGUCACAAUCAGCCCAUCAAGGUUCAACACUUUGUGCAGUGAAGAGGAAAGUUUCUGAAUGUAUCAAUUUAUUUAAUUUUAAUAACUGUACACACAAUAAAAUAAAUUAUUUUACAUCAGCUCAAGAGUGUCUUCAAGAAUCUAUAAAUGAAAAACAAUGUGAUUACGUCAUAAAUGUUAAUUCAUAAGAAAAUGUGAAUAAAGCAAUAAUACCUUA